GUUGCGCAGAUUGUUUAGUGUCAGAAAAUAACAAUAUGGUGGUAGAAUCUCACAUGUGUUGCUGAUUUUCGAUUUGAUCUGCUGAUAUCUUAUCUCCUAUUCGGUAGAUUUUAUUUCAAAGAAGCUCUUUGAACGGCGGCUACAUCAGUCAUGAGGGAGACACCAUUGUCAACAUGUGAGCGGGAGUUUAUCCUGGGUGCAAUCGCAGAAAGAAAGAGACUAGAUGGAAGGCAGGCAUUCGACUACAGAACAACAAAAGUAUCAUUUGGCGUUGAAAGAGGAUGUUGUCAGGUGCAGCUGGGGAAAACCAGAGUUCUUGCGCAAGUUUCCUGUGAAGUUGUUGAGCCAAAGCUGACCCGCCCUACUGAUGGCAUUCUCUACGUCAAUGUGGAACUGUCACCAAUGGCCUCUCCUGGCUUCGAGGUUGGCAGGUUGUCUGAUCAGGGCGUCGAGAUGAAUCGAUUACUGGAAAGAUGUCUCAAAGAAUCAAGAUGUAUUGAUAUGGAGUCUUUGUGCAUAGUGGCAAGAAAAAAGGUGUGGCAGAUCCGGCUUGAUAUCCAUGUCCUCAACCAUGAAGGUAAUCUGAUUGAUUGUGCCAGUAUUGCUGGCAUCGCAGCAUUGGCCCAUUUUCGUCGGCCGGAUGUCACAGUGUCGGGAGAAGAUGUCACUAUUCAUCCAAAGUCCGAGAAAGACCCUGUAUCCCUUAGCGUCCAUCACAUGCCCAUAUGUACAUCCUUUGCUUUCUAUGAUCAUGGUAAAUUCCUUCUUGUUGAUCCGACUGACCGGGAGGAGCACUGCAUGGAAGGCAAGAUGGUGAUCGGGAUGAACAAACAUCGAGAAAUCUGCACUCUCCAGAUGACGGGAGAUAUGUUAUUACUCAAAGACCAGGUAUUACGCUGUUCCAAUAUUGCUGUUGUCAAAGUCACUGAACUGACCAAGUUGAUUCAGAAUGCCUUAGAGAAUGAUGCCAAGGCGAGGGCGGCCGGUGAGAAAUGUGGGUUUGCCAUCUCGGAAAAGACAGAGAAGAUCACAGCCAAUUAUCGUGGCGAGGACCGGAUAGCAGAAAAGAUGUUGAAGGAGGCAUUAGCUGAAGCUGAGCUGGAGGAAGAGAUGGCUGCUGGUGAAGCUGAGCUGGAGGAAGAGAUGGCUGCUGGUGCCGAGGGCAUGGAGGAAGAAGAUGAAGAAGGCGAGGAGAAGUCUCAAGUGAAAAUAAUCGGACCUGGUACUGCCUCGAUCGGCGCUGGUGGUCCAUCAACGUGGGUGAUCAGUGAUGAUGAGAUGGAAGAGGUUCAGGUCAUUCAAGUGAAAAAAGGUGGGAAAACAUCGGUCAAAGGAAACAAAGAAGUGAUAACGUUGGAUAGCGGGAGUGAGGAGGAGGAGGUAGUAGUGUUGACACAACAAGAUCAAGUGGAGACCAUCAAAAGUGUGGUGAAGUGUGCGGAUGUUGAGAUUACAGGUUCGAGUAAAGGUAAAAAGAGGAGGAAUCGAAAGAGAUGAGAGACGAUAGAACAACUGUUAGGUUGCGAAAGCUUGCCAAACUUGGAUCUGUUAUCCACGGUCUUUGAUAUUGUCUAAUUCAUGUAAAUAAAACUUAUCUACUUUCAAA